AUGGGCCUUCCAGAAUCCGCUCCCAUCUCAAUUGAGAACAUCGCGCACCCCACAGCCAGAUCCUCUGACGUCGAAAAGUUCCCAUCCGGCGAACUGCGCAAACGACCCUACACCGAUUUUCUCGAACCGGUUUUCACUGGCUCAAACGAUGCCUCUUCAACCGACGAGGCCGGGUCCCUGAAACGCUCCGCCGACCAAACUCACCGCAAACUAAAGCCGCGACAUAUCCAGCUGAUUGGGAUUGGAGGCACGAUUGGGACGGCGCUCUACGUGCAGAUUGGGAAGGGCUUGAUGAAUGGCGGCCCUGCGAGUUUGUUUCUUGCGUUCACGCUGUGGUCUUCCUUCAUCCUAGCCGUCACCAUAUCUAUGGCAGAGAUGGUCACAUAUCUGCCUAUAUCGUCACCGUUUAUCCGAUUCGCCAGCCGCUAUGUCGACGAGGCCUUCGGCGUGGCUACGGGAUACAACUUCUUCGUCUUCGAGGCGGCCAUGGUCCCCUUUGAGAUUGUGGCUUGCAAUGUCAUUAUCCACUAUUGGAGCGAUGUUGUCCCUGUGGCGGGUAUCAUUACCAUCGUGCUGGUGGCUUACGGUGUCAUCAAUUUCUUUGCAGUGCAGUGGUAUGGCGAGUCUGAAUUCUGGCUCGCGCUAGGUAAAGCGCUUCUCAUCAUUGGUCUCAUCAUCUUCACUUUCAUCACCAUGCUUGGUGGGAACCCGCUGGGCGAUCGAUAUGGAUUCCGCUACUGGCGCGAGCCCGGCGCCUUUGCUGAGUUGUAUAAAACUGGAGAUCUUGGCCGGUUCCUGGGAUUCCUGCAAUGUUUAAUUCUGGCUUCCUUCACAAUUGCCGGACCAGAUUACGUAUCGAUGGCUGCUGGAGAAACAGAAAAUCCACGUUAUGUCUUGCCCCGCGCGUUCAACGCCGUCUUCUACAGAUUGACCGCCUUCUUCGUCCUGGGCAGCUUAUGCGUGGGAAUCGUUGUUCCCUACAACGAUCCGACAAUGUCAGACGCCUUCGGAAACGGCUUACCGGGCGCCGCUGCAUCCCCCUAUGUUGUCGCCAUGGACAGGUUACAGAUCAAAGUGCUCCCGCACAUUGUCAACGCAAUGGUGCUGGGCGCGGCAUUCAGCGCAGGAAACUCUUACGUCUACUGCGCCAGCCGCAGCCUGUUCGGCCUCGCCCUUGAAGGAAAAGCACCCCGCAUCUUCACCAAGUGCAACAAGCACGGCGUGCCGGGUCUACUGCGUCCUGCUUGUCCUGCUCAUUGCACUGCUGUCCUUCCUCCAGGUUUCCAACGAAGCUGCCGUCGUGUUGGACUGCCUUUACGUUCACCCGGGUUCAUGAAAGCGCUGGACGCGCAGGUGUCACUCGCGACUCGCUCCCAUACAAGGGGCUCCUCCAGCCAUAUCUUGCAUAUUACGCUUGCGCGGGGACGCUGA